AUGAUAGAAGCGGAGAAGAUGUUGGUCCGUCAAGCUCAAGCAGAGAGUUUCCCUGAAGAAUUAACGAAUUUACGAUCUUCGAAGCCAGUGCCCAAGAAUAGUCGAAUUAAUAAAUUGGCGCCUACACUUGAUGGAGAAGGCCUAAUGCGACAAAACACGCGCAUAAGUGUAGCAAACGAACUUGCACAUGACGGUACUUAUCCCACCGUCCUAAUCGGCGCGCCUGAUUGGUAUAUAUCCAUAAGUCGCGAAGUGCGGUGCGGAAAAAAGAACGACCCUGUUGCCUCCAAAACCUUAUUAGGCUGGGUACUCCAUGGCGCACACUCUUUGACGUCGAAGCCUUUUGAAUUUAUCCAUCACGUCACGGAAGAUUUGGAUACACUUAUAAAAUGCCAAUACGACAUCGACGCCUUGGGCAUCACAAAAAAGGCCCCACGUCAGAACAGCGAGGAUCAACGGGCCGUAGACAUCAUGGAAUCAUCCGCUCAUCAACUUGACGAUGGCCAUUUUGAAGUUGGCCUGCCUUGGAAGGAGGGGCUACCGAAAAUCAUACCAGAUAGCUACCCACAGGCACUCUCACGCUUCAAGGCCCUCGAACGACAGAUGUCAAAGGACCCAGCGUUUGCAGCAGCUUUUCAACAAUUUAUAAACGACAUAAUCAGUAAGGGCUAUGCCGAAGAGUGUGAUUCGAAGACUUACCACCAUCGACCCGCACCAAAUGCCUCUUGUGUCAACCCAGAUGGCUCCAUUCGCUGGUACCUGCCUAUCUUUGGCGUAUAUCAUCCUCAGAAGAAGAAGCUGAGAGCAGUCCAUGACGCGGCUGCCACAACAAAAGGCGUAAGCCUCAAUAGUCUGCUUCUGCAAGGUCCUGACCUAUUGUCUCCCCUACUCGACAUCCUGUUCCGUUUUAGAGAAGGUGCGGUAGCCUUGAAUGGCGAUAUCAGGGAGAUGUUCCCCCAGAUUAAGAUUACCGCAAGGGAUAGGGAUGCUCAACGUUUUCUCUGGCGUGACAAGAACGGCGACCUCAAGGAAUACCGCAUGUCUUCAAUGAUUUUUGGCGCAGUUUCGAGUCCUUUCAUCGCCCUCUAUAUCAAAAACAAAAACGCGAAGAGGCACGAAGUCGACUAUGCCGCCGCCUGCAAAGCAAUUAUUGACGACCACUAUAUGGACGACUACCUUGGGAGCCACACAAACGUUGCUGACGCAGCUCAACUAGCCGUCGACGUUGUCACUGUGCACAAGAAUUGUGGUUUCGAGAUGCGAGCGUGGACGUCUAAUCAUCCAGAGGCACUCUCUCUUGUCCCGAAGGAACUUCGUAGCGACGCAACUUCUGAUGUUUACCUGCCUCCUAGUAGUGACGUCGGCGUCUUGGGUGUUAAAUGGAACCCACGCCAAGAUUUCCUAGGGUUUCGCGCCGUACCCCAGAUACCAACCAGCACUUUGACAAAACGCAUUCUUUUAUCGAACGUCAUGAAAGUUUAUGACCCUCUUGGGUUAUUAAUGCCGGUCGUCAUCUGGGGUCGCAUUUUGAUCCAAAGAUUAUGGCGCGCAGGCGUUGGCUGGGACACGGACUUACCUGAAAUGUACGUAAGCGAAUCUAAAGACUGGUUCGCACAGUUGCAGGUUGCGGCCAAUAUAAAAAUCCCUCGCUGGUACAUGGUCGGGUCAGACGUGUCGGACGUCCAGCUGCACGUAAUCGCCGACGGUGGCGAACAAGCCUACGCCUGCGUCGCCUAUUGGCGUUUCACUUACAGCGAUGACUCUGUAUCGGCAGCCCUCAUCGGUAGUAAGGCCCGAGUCUGUCCUUUGAAACCGGUUUCCAUCCCAAGAUUAGAACUACAAGCCGCACUCAUCGCGUCGCGUUUUGCGCAAACAAUUUUGCAAGCUCACCGUUUUGAGCCCUCCGCAACCAUUUUCUGGACGGACUCAACUACUGUUCUAAAGUGGAUCCGGAGUGACGCUCGCGCGUUUAAACCUUUCGUGGCACACAGGUUGGGAGAGAUAUUGGAAACCACCAAUCCAUCCGAUUGGAGGUGGAUCCCUACCUCUCUCAACGUCGCUGACGAUGCGACAAAACCAAAAAGAAUUGACUUUUCCGCAACUCAUCGGUGGUUCACCGGCCCACAGUUCCUUGUUGAACAGUCUUGCACUUGGCCGACCGAGCGCGUCACUGACGAGGGAGAGAUCUCAUCAGACCCUGAGUUAAAAUCUAAUCUGAUGGUUCUGCUCCUCGACACCCCACUCUCGAAUUCGUUACCUGACCCAACGCUUUUUAGUUCCUGGCUACGUUUACUACGUGCCACAGCCCGUCUUCUCCAGGGCGCACGCCUUAUCCGGCUCGAAGGACCAAAAUGA